AUGGAGCUGCAUUCUGGUCCAGUUUCAUUCAAUUUUGAUGAUAUCCCAGAUCAAGGCCUAUCGAACAUUCCCGAUCGACCUCAGGAUGAAGCCGCAUACUCACAAGAUGACUCGUUUGGCCUUGGCCAAGCUAAUCAGUCGCAUCCUGAUCCAUUGUUGUGCAGAAUCCCUGUGAAUUUUGGUGAAGUCUCAGCAGAUGAGGAUGGCUUUAAUCUGGAUAGGAAUGCAUUUGGUGCUUAUGCCAGCACCAGUGGACCAUCAACUAGUCAUGCUGGUGCUAGUGUCCCUGCUCUGAUCCUGCGUUCAGAAGAGAUUGACGUGCUCUAUCCGUUACCACCUCCCCGGGCACUGCAGGGGACCCGCCAUAUCCUACACCGGAACACAAAUUCACGGCACAGCAGAGCUAUUGCUACAAUCGACCCGCAAAUGCUGCAGCUCUGUGCAAAUCUGCCCACCGCCCCUGCAACAUCCACCCACACUGAACAGGUCACCCACACCACUUCUGCCGACUCUGUUGCCCCCGCCGUCUCUGUUACCCCCGCCGUCUCCGUUGCCCCCGUUGUCUCCAUUGCCCCCAUUGUGAUCUCCAUAGAGCCUGCCCCUCAGCAGCCCGUCGCACCUGUCACCAUCUGGGUGUCAUCUGACGUACAGAAGCAGAUCACAGUUCGCGCAAAAACCAAGCUUGUCCAAUAUUGGUUGACAUUGCAUGCGAUGGCGGGCAGCGAUGCUCAGAAGCGAGCAGUCGUCAAUCUCGCAAUCGCGGACGCGAUUCCUGGCAUCAUUGGCAUGCAUGUCCAUGUUUCCAAUCCAACAACGGCGAAUCAGCGUCAACAGCUGAUGGGGGCAUGGACCACCAUGUUCACCAAUCUGGUGAAGCUCGUGCGGGUCUGUGCCCUGUUCGGCUUCGACAUAUACCCCCCUCAAGGUUCUAACGUCGUCCCUGACGAAUUCCGGAGGCGUGUCAUAGAUGUGGUGAUCAACGAUCAACGUCGCCCUCUUGUGUUCAUGCAUCAAUUCACUGUCAAUAGUGCCAGGGACGUAACGAUCUUGGAUGGCGUGCUCAACAAUUCGUUCAUAUUACGCAUGGUCAUCCGUUUUGUGUGGUGCAGCAACACCGGCAUUUCGGAUUGCAUCACCAACCCACUGAAAGAUUUCAACUCGAUAUUUGCUGCUUUUGGGGCCAUCAUGAAGCUGAUAUUGUUUGAGCAAAUGUUACAUCCGCCCGUUACUAUCACACACUCACAGCUUGAUGUGAGCAACAUGUUCCUUGCAAUUCUUCAGUACAUUCAAGGUCUUCAUGGUGUGCAGAAGGUUACAUUUGACAAUUACAAAUCUUACACUUUUAGGAUUGGGAGCUAUCAGCAAUGGUCCACAAACAUAUUGGCACCGCUUGACGUAUUGUUGACAUUGUAG